AUGGCGGCGGUGGCGGCGGGAGGCCUGGUGGGGAAGGGACUGGACAUCAGCCUGGCAGCCCUGCAGCGCCACGACCCCUAUAUCAACCGCAUCGUGGACGUGGCCAGCCAGGUGGCUCUGUACACUUUCGGCCAUCGGGCCAACGAGUGGGAGAAGACUGAUGUGGAAGGAACUCUUUUUGUUUAUACCAGGUCUGCUUCUCCAAAGCACGGAUUUACCAUUAUGAAUAGACUGAGCAUGGAAAACAGGACAGAACCUAUUACUAAAGACCUGGAUUUCCAACUCCAGGACCCUUUCCUUCUCUACAGAAAUGCCAGAUUGUCCAUUUAUGGAAUUUGGUUUUAUGACAAGGAAGAGUGCCAAAGAAUUGCAGAGCUUAUGAAAAACUUAACUCAGUAUGAGCAGCUGAAAGCCCAUCAAGGAGCAGGUGCCGGAAUCUCCCCAAUGAUCCUCAGUUCAGGAGAGGGCAAGGAAGUAGAUAUCUUACAAAUGCUCACCAAGGCCAAAGAUGAAUAUACAAAGUGUAAAACCUGUUCUGAGCCAAAACAGAUUACCAGUUCAUCUGCCAUCUAUGACAACCCCAAUCUCAUCAAACCAAUUCCAGUGAAGCCCAGUGAAAACCAGCAACAGCGUAUACCUCAGCCCAGCCAGACCUUAGACCCUGAACCCCAACACUUAUCACUGAAGGCUCUCUUUGGGAAGCAAGACAAAGCUACAUGUCAUGAAAUUGUGGCAUCUCUACCAACCUUCCACCAGCAGCAGCAGCAAGAGAAACUUCUUCCACUUAGGCAGGGGGUUGUACGGUCCCUGUCGUAUGAGGAACCCAGUAUAUACUCACCUCCUCUGGAGAAGCAGCUCUGCCCAGCCAUCCAGAAACUCAUGGUCAGGGGUGCAGACCUCCACCCACUGUCAGAGCUGCCCGAACACCGGCCCUGUGAAAACGGCAGUCCCCACUGUCCUGGGGAAGGACUCUUCCAGCCGGCCUCACCCUGCCACAUUGGGACUUCUCUGCAUAUCCAGAAUGCUUCCAGAACUCAGAACCUGUUUGAGACACUGCAGAGUGUCCCGGGGGGCAGAGUGCUCCAGAGUGGCAGUACCCCAGGACCUGCGAGCUCAGCUGCCACAAACUUCAGCAGUAUUUUCCCUGCUACCACCCCGGCAGCUCCAGGAAAGGGUCUGCUGCAACCACAGGUGGUAUAUUUCAAUGGCUCCCUUCCACCGGAAACUCUUGGACAUCAAGCUCCUAGGAAGGAACAAUCAGCACUCCCAAGGCCAGCUCUUCCCCUGGCCUGCACCCAAGCUAGCAGUCCUGGGGUGGUCUCCCCACAGGAACUUCUGAGAAAGCUCCAGAUCGUGCAGCAGGAGCAGCAGCUGCACACACCCAGCCGCCCAACCCUGGCAGCUAAGUUUCCUGUGGUAACUCAGAGUUCUAGGACAGUGAAACCCUUGGAAUCUUGGAUCGACAAGACAUCCCACACAGAAAGGCAGACUCCUCUUUUUCAGGUCAUCUCACCUCAGCACAUCCCUGUGACAGUGGCUCCGUCUCUGCUCAUGCCGCCCAUGGUGUUCACACAGCCCACCUCUGCCCCAUCAAAGGAGCAAGACACAGGACUCCUGCCCUUGGGAAGCCAAGAACCAAGCGCUGCUGCGCCCAGCAGCCUCUUCCUGCCUCUGCAGAACCCACAGGCUUCCUCAAUCACCAGCAGCCCUCUGACCAAGCUGCAGCUUCAAGAAGCACUGCUGUACCUCAUUCAGAAUGACGACAACUUCUUAAAUAUCAUCUAUGAAGCUUAUCUCUUCAGCACGACACAAGCAGCCAUGAAAAAGACUAUGUGA